CGCCGCUUCCUUUCCGAGAUGGCGGCGCCCAGCGGGAGGAGCGGCGGGUGGCUGCGGGCCGCGCUGGCGGGCGCCGCUCUGCUGUGCCUGGCGGCCGGGGCGGCGGAGGAGGAACCGGGCACGGCCGGCUUCGACGUGCGGCCCGGCGGGGAGGUGCACUCCUUCUCCCGGAGCCUGGGGGAUUACAGCUGCACCUUCACCUACUCGGCUCAGGGAGGAACCAACGAGCAGUGGCAGAUGAACGUUGCAGUCAGUGACGACAACCUGCUCUUCUCCUGCUCCAUCUGGAGGCCCCAAGGGAAGUCUUAUCUCUUCUUUACCCAGUUUAAAGCUGAAGUGAAAGGAGCCAAGAUCGAGCAUGCCAUGGCUUAUUCUCAAGCUGCAGUGGGUGCCCAAAGCGACAUCCCCUUAAAACAGGAAGAGUUUGAAGUCACUGAAACCACAGUGUCUCACAGGGAAGGCAAAUUCCGUUUUGAACUCUCCAAACUCCUGAUUGUAGCAAAAACUCCUCGCGAUGAGCUCUGACCCCAGGGCCUGUGGGCCAGAAGAGCAGAGCAAGAGGAUUUCUUUGUUAACUGAGGCUUGUUUUGGGGGUUUUCUUUCUUCUUUUCUUGGGUUUUGGGCUUGGUUUUGUUGGUUUGGGCUUGGUUUUGUUGUUUUGGUCUUGGUUUUGUUGGUUUGGGUAUUUUUUUUCACUGCUUGGUCAAACCUUUUCUGUUUCUCCAUAUCAAAACGGUUGCUGAGGUCCAACACGAGUGGGGUUUGGAGGUGUUUAAAGGCAGAUGCAUUCUGUCUUGUGUCAGAGUAACAAGGUGCUCUGCAGCUGGAAACCUCCUCUGAGAUUCCUGAUCUGCAAAAGCAGCCAUCCUGUCACCAGCUCUCUGCUUGCCUGAUCUGCUGAAUAUGGUAAAGCUCCCCUGGAACAGGGGCUCCUUAUCUCCCUUGCUGGGAAAGAGCAAUGCAGGAAGAUAAGUGGCUGGCAAAAAAGGGAA